AUGGAGAUGCUCCCACUCGUGAAGAAAAUUUAUGACAGGUCCGGGUUCCUCAUGCAAGAGUGGCAGCAUCCACAAGUCUCAUUGGGUGGGGAUGGACUAUCUUUGGCCCUGGACGCGGGCUAUGGGUCCUUCAGGGUGCCGGGGAGGAGUUUAAGGUCGAGAGCACCGUUUGUUCCACUCCCAGCUUACUGGUUCCUGGAAGUGCAAACCGGCAGCCAAAAGUUCCACACCUCCCCUGAGUAA